AUGAUAACUACGCGAGUUCUCACCACUCUGCUGAGUGUUUGCACUACUCUCGCAGGUGCAUCACAGUCUUUUGCAGGCACAAACAACUACUUCGUUCAUGCCUUGCCCCAGGAUGUUCAGAAUCAAUACAUCGACAAACUGGCAUCAGAUGGCGUUCGAGUAAUGCGCCUUUGGGUGGCUGGCGCUUACAAUGGCUGCGUGAAGGGCAGCCAGACCUCCUACGUUCCAGACCUCGAGCCAAAUGUUAUCGGCACAUACGACACCACCGUCCUGACCAAAUUGGACUACACCCUGUCCCUCUUACACGCCAAAGGUAUCAAAGCCAUCAUCUCGCCUCAUGACUCUAACGUCAUUGGCGGCGCCAAUGGCUGCGACGUCUACUGCAAAAAAUACGGCAACCAAGGCACAUUCUACGGCUCUUCUACGGCUCGCCAACAAUACAAUGCUCGUCUCUCCACAAUCUUCAACGUCAAAUCCCCAAACUUCAGCAACAGGCCAUGGAGCCAGCUCUCUGGAGUGAUCAUGGCCUUCGAUAUCCAGAAUGAGCCCUUUAUUGACGCCGUUGAUAAGCUCAAGAACAACGACCCAGACGACUGGAUUUGCGGAACUGCGGGAUACAUGAAGCCCGUUAUCGGAGGUUCUGGCAUCAAAAUUGCCACUGGAGGUAUCGGCGGUUCGCAAUACUGCUGCGAUCACGAGUACAAUGUGCUCUCCAAGGCUCUGUACUGCGAUGCCAUUGACAUCAUCAGCGUACAUGGCUACAUGAGCAAGGCUUCGGACUGGGCUUACUUUAUCACUGGCGACAAGUCUAUCUUGAAGACUGUUGAGAGCACCGGCAAGACUCCCACGAAGCAUGUCAUGAUUGAGGAAUGGGGCGUGGCUUCGAGUUACCAGGAUGGUUUCGCUGCACAGGUGAAGGUCCUCGACGAUGCUGGAGUUCCUUGGAUGUACUGGCAGGUCGUUCCCGGUCUCGACCAGACCCAGUCUGGGUACUCACAGAACUGUGGUUAUGAUGGCUUUGAAAUUGGAUUGAACAGCGGCAAGGGCAAUGUUGCUAGUGCUGUCCAGGCUGCAAGGGCGAAGAGUGCUGCACAAGACUGGACUGGUUACGUGAACUGA